AUGGGAGCUCAAGCAUCCGCAUGCUGUGUUUGUAGAGAAAAGGGGCCAUUACCCAGUGAUGUAUAUGAUCUAGAAAAUUUGAAACUUCAACAUUUCAGCAGUACUCAAGCCAAUAAUGUUGCCGUCAAUUUAAAUCACUAUAAAAAUGUCAGGGAAGUCUAGGAUGAAACUCUCCCAGAGGUGAGUCACCUGGAUUUACCGAAUGAGUCUGUAUAUUUGAACUAUAAUUCAAUUAACGACAGUAAAAUGCAAAAAAAGAGUGAGGAUAAACUUUAAAGUAGCAGUAACUCACAGCGUCAAGAAUCUCACCUUGAUUUGGACACAAUGGAGUAGAGCCAGAAUAACUGGGUCUAUAAUUCCUUUCAAGCUCGAGUGAGAGCCAUGGUAUAAUAAUAUAAGUUAAGAAAGUUGGAAAACAAUAAUAAUGUGUCUCAAGUACCAGCGAUAGUCCUUCGCAAAGACGAUUCUAAGAAUCCCUACCGCGGUAAAAUCAAAGUCAAGCGUAGCCAGAGGAAAAUUCAGGAUAUUCAGAAAGAAUUAUUCAUAGAAUUUUAGAAGGAUUUUGAGUACCAUGAUUAUGAUAAAGUCAGGGUCCGAGCAGGCAAAUCAAGCAUCUCAUCAUCAGAGGAUGAUGAGUGCAAGGAAUAAUACAAUGAGAAUAGACUCCUUGGACACUACGAUGAUCUCAAGGAAGUUCGAGCAAUUGCACCUAAAUAAUAGCAUACUUAAAUGGGAGCUACAUUUUCUAACUGCUGCAUGUCUAGAGACAAAGAGGACAUAGCUGCAAGAAUGAGUGAAAAUUAUCAAAAAUAGUAAUCUUUAAAAAGUAAUAUUUUCAAAAAAUUUGAACCAAAUUUAGAGCUAAAAGAGGAGAAAAUUACGGAAUAGGGCAAUGAUCAUUAAGAUAGAAACUUCGAACACACUCGAACUUCAUCUUCUUUUUCUGAUAACUUUCCAAACUCUGGAAGGAAAAAUUACUCAAAAGAUUAUAAUAGUUUUGAGUCAAACAUUUCUGAUUAGUAAAAUAAUCCUAGAGCAAAUCCACAUCAUUAUAAUGAGAUAAAUGGAGUGAAGAGUUCUUAGGAAUUACAAAAACCCUUACAGAAAUAUGCAACUAAUGUAAUCAUCUAAGAAGAAUAAGAUCACAACAGCAAUUACGACUCAGAUCAAAGUGAUGGUGCUAUUGUAUAAAAUCCUGAUAAAACCGGUUCUAAUUUUGAUGACUCUUAAAGUAGAAGUCAUAGUUAAUACCAGGGCAGCAAAAGCUAUAUUAUUGAUGACCUAGAAUAGAGUAAUAAUUCACCUGAUCCAAAUAAGCAUGAGACCAGGAGUAGUGUGAGUGAUACCGAUAUCAUAAAAGUUCAUGAUUAUGACUCAAACUAUGAUAGUAGUAGCAAUUAUAGCCAAGGCAGAUUGAAUAGAGUAGGAACUACUAAAAUACGUAAAAUUGGGGUAGAAAGUGUGGAUGAGGAAAAUGAGAAUGAACAUGAUGAUGAUGGUAUGAUAGUUGAUACUGAUUUCAUAUAAGAUUUUAAAAAAUAAAUGACAUUCAAGAGCCAGUAAUCUGAAGGUUCUGUUAGAAUUAUACGAAGAGGUAAUAAUAAUGGAACAAUUGAUGAUGAUUCAUUUGUGGACGAUAGUUCAGGAUCUAACUACACAAACACUUCUAUCAGAGUUAAAUCAUAGUAUACAAGUAGCCAACAAUAGUCUAGCGGCUUGAGAGUUAAGUCAGGACCAAUGUCUCAUUAAAAUACUGUAACUUCAGUGAGAGUAAACGAAGACGAGCAAGAAGAAUCAGACAAUGAUAGUUCUUAUACCAAUACCUCUGUCAAGGUAGGAUCAUUCUCAAGAAGGACAUCUGUUUUAUCAAAUAACGUUGUCCAAAACUAAAGCAGGAACUUAAUUUAACCAGGCCAUAGAUCUAAUCAGAACUCUAUCCAUUAAAAAUAUUCUAACUAACUGGAAAUGAGAUCAGGCAAUUCUCAAAGAGAUAGAGUAGGAACAUAGAGAUAACUCCAAUUAAAAGGAUCUAAAAGAAAUUUUUAGUCUUAAUCAGAAGACUCAGACUCAAAUUAAAACAUGAAUUCUAACUCUGAUAGAAAUAUUCAAAUGGACUCAGAUAGAUCAAUCAAUAAAAUUGAUCAAUACUCUAACAGUCCCUCUCAAUCUUAAACAUCUAUUAGGGCAAUUAGUGACAUUCAUAAUUCUAGAAACUCUGACUAAGAGAGACCUUCAUCAUCUCAUGAUUCCGAUUCAGUUUAGAUAAGUAGCUCUGAUAUGACAGAAAAGAGUCAAAGUUCUAAAUAUGAUAGAUCAAGACAGUAAUAAAUACCUAACCAGAAGGCGAGAUAAAAUAGAGGUGGAUCUGUUAAGCAAUCUAAGGUAUAAAACAUGAGAUCCAAAUCUCCAAUUGUUAUAGAUUCGAUCUAUGAGCAAGAGGAGAGUAUGCUUGAGAGCGAGCAAACCAUAAUUAUAGAUGCUUAAUGA